CCCUCCUGCGUCUCGCGGGUAGAUGGAGUAACCGUCGGAACGGCGGACUAAGUGAUGCUCGUCGUCUCCCGCGCUCUGACUGAGGAUGGCUUCGACACCGGUAACGCUGUGACGGACGCUAUAGGGUUGAGGAUGUAUUAUUCGGUACCGGUAACGCUUUUGCGGACCACGCUGCGGUUGAGGAUGUCUUCGGCACAGGCAACGCUGUAACGGACAUUAUGGUUGAGAAUGUAUUCUGUACCAGUAGCGCUGUACAGAACCCCGGGGUUGAGGCUGUAAUCGGGGGUUUGUGGAUGUAACGACCGUUUUCUUUAACGCUUAAAAGCCACCUGCGGUUGGUUACUUUCACGUCAUCAAGUUGUUGGCGUCAUAUUCGGCUUUUAUGUAACCAUGUGGGUGAGCGCUAUAGACAGAUAGAGAGAGGGGGGAAAGGGAGAGAGAGAGGGGGAGGGAGAGAGAGAGAGAGAGAGAGAGAGAGAGAGAGAGAGAGAGAGAGAGAGAGAGAGAGAGAAGAAACAGGAGAGAGGAGAGAGGAAGAGGGGAGAGGAGAGGAGAAGAGGAGAGGAAGAGAAGAAGAAAAGAGGAAGAGGAGAGAGAUGGGACGACGAUUCAUCAACAACGUUCGUAAAGCCAAGAGACAGAGACAAAGAAUGAUGAUGAACGGAUCCGAGGGAGAGCUGGAAUAUGAAGAGAUUACACUGGAAAGGGGAACUGCUGGCCUGGGUUUCAGCAUCGCUGGAGGAACAGAUAACCCUCACGUUGGAGACGAUCCGUCCGUCUUCAUCACCAAGAUCAUUCCUGGAGGAGCCGCCGCUCUGGACGGAAGGCUCCGGGUGAAUGACAGCAUCCUAUUGGUGAACGACGUGGACGUGCGUGAGGUCACCCACUCCAUGGCGGUGGAGGCUCUGAAGGAGGCGGGGUCUGUGGUCAGGCUGUACGUCCUGAGGCCACGCCCCCCUGCUGACACCGUUCUGCAGAUCAGACUCAUCAAAGGACCCAAAGGUCUGGGCUUCAGCAUCGCGGGGGGAGUCGGUAACCAACACGUUGCCGGGGACAACAGCAUCUACGUCACCAAGAUCAUUGAGGGGGGGGCCGCCCACCGAGACGGGCGGCUCCAGAUCAGAGACCGGAUACUGGCGGUGAACAGUAUGAAUUUAGAGGAGGUGCUCCAUGAAGAUGCGGUCACCGCACUAAAGAACACGUCGGAGGUUGUUUACCUGAAAGUAGCCACGCCAACUGCUGGCUACACACACCCCCCUGACCUCACCAGCUCCUAUAUGGAACCUGAAUAUCUCGCCGAUUACCCACAAGCCCUGCCUCCACCGUCGCCACGGCGAUACUCACCGGUCACCCAUGGCAUGAUGGGAGAGGACGACUAUGCGCGGGAGCCUCGGCGUGUGUGUGUGCAGCGGGGGUCCUCGGGUCUGGGCUUCAACAUCGUUGGAGGAGAAGACGGGGAGGGCAUCUUCAUCUCCUUCAUCCUGGCUGGAGGCCCGGCAGACCUGAGUGGAGAGCUGAGGAGAGGAGACCAGAUCCUCACUGUGAAUGGUGUGGAUCUCAGACAUGCGACACAUGAACAGGCUGCGGCUGCACUGAAGAAUGCUGGACAGACUGUUACCAUAGUAACACAGUACAGACCAGAGGAGUACAGUCGUUUUGAAGCUAAGAUUCACGAUCUGAGGGAACAAAUGAUGAACAGCUCCUCAGGAUCCCUGAGAGCCAACCGAUCCUUCUACGUCAGAGCACUUUUUGACUACGAUAAGCAGUGGGACUGCGGUGUCCUAUCACAAGCCCUGGACUUCAACUUUGGGGAGGUGCUUCACGUGAUUGACAGCUCAGAGGAUGAAUGGUGGCAGGCCAGGAGGCUGAACCAGCAGGGAGAGCUAGAGGAGGUUGGAUAUAUCCCCUCCAAACACAGAGUGGAGAGGAAGCAGUGGUCAAGAUUUAAUAAAGUUGAAGGAUUUGUCCAGAGUUAUGAGAUGGUGACACAAAUUGAAGUGGACUACGCUCGCCCGGUCAUCAUCCUAGGGCCCACUAAGGACCGCCUGAACGACGAUCUGCUCUCCGAGUUCCCAGACAAGUUUGGCUCGUGUGUUCCCCAUACGACUCGCCCCCAGAGGGAGUAUGAGGUUGAUGGGCGUGACUAUCAUUUUGUGUCGUCACGGGAACAGAUGGAGAGGGACAUCCAAUCCCAUUGCUUCAUUGAGGCUGGACAAUACAACAACCAUCUGUAUGGGACAUCCGUACAGAGUGUGAGACAGGUGGCUGAGCAGCAGGGUAAACACUGUGUACUGGACGUGUCGGCCAACGCUGUGAGGAGGCUCCAGGCUGCUAACCUCCACCCCAUUGCCAUCUUCAUUCGACCACGCUCGCUGCAGAACAUCCUGGACUUGAACAAGCGUCUGUCGGAGGACCAGGCUGGGAAGGCUCUGGAGCGCGCCAUCACCCUGGAGCAGGACUUCAUAGAGUGUUUCACAGCAAUGGUGGAAGGCGGGAGUUUCCAGGACGUUUACGACCAGGUGACUGCGGUCAUCCAGGAGCAGAGCGGCCCCUACAUCUGGGUCCCCGCCAGAGAGAGCUUCUGAUUGGUCCCUAAACCUGGGAUCCCGCGAGAGAGACGUUCUGAUUGGUCCCCACGUCUGGGUCCCCGCUAGAGACGUUCUGAUUGGUCCCCACGUCUGGGUCCCCGCAAGAGCGAGCUUCUGAUUGGUCCCUAAACCUGGGAUCCCGCGAGAGAGACGUUCUGAUUGGUCCCCACGUCUGGGUCCCCGCUAGAGAGACGUUGUGAUUCGUUCCUACAUCGGGGUCCCCUCUAGAGAUGUUCUGAUUGGUCCCCUGCUGGAGAGACGUUCUGAUGGGUUGCUGCUUCCAAGUCACCAUGGAUACCAUCUCAGCCGUCGCCCCUGGUGAUGGCUGCCUCUCUCUGAAAGACACACCAUGGAGCCUGUUAACGCUGAAACGAUCCCCGUGGAAAUUAUCACCAUGAAACCUGCCGCUGCGGUGACAUAGAGGAACUAUUUUUGAUAUGACAUCCAUCAACCAACCCUUACCUCUUUAUUAUCUACCCGCACCAACUUAUUAUCUAUCCUUUCUCUGACGGGAGGGAACGAGAGAGAGAGAGAGAGAGAGAGAGAGAGAGAGAGAGAGAGAGAGAGAGAGAGAGAGAGAGAGACAGAGA